UUUGAAAGGGGGACUAUCUCCUACAUGAUCACCGCGACCAUGACGAGGCCCACGUCAAUCGCUGCGGCGUCAAGCUGUGAUCGCAAAAUCUCUUUCGUCGAGACUGUUGAUAUAGGCCCCAUGCCUCCUCCAAAGGCCCGAGUCAUAUCGUUAGAGCCCAUAUCGAGGAAGGCGAGAAGGAAAAAGAAGAGCAAAGAGGGUGGAUCGCAGGAUAACACAGAUGCCGGCUCUGUCAAUGAUGCAGCACGACAAGCAGGAUCACCUUUGCCACAGGAGUCGGAUAGUCAAGCUGGAUCCAUCGAUCAUCAUCAAACUCCUCGGAGUCCAGUACCAAGUGAGGCUCAGAGUGUUGUUAGUACAGCCACCAGCACAGAUAGUACUGUCAGCAGCAGCACAGGGAUGAGCUUCAGACUGGGUCCUGUACCGUCAUGUGCCAAAUCCACUCAAUCCCCGAAGCAUAGCAAGAGCGAUAGCAAGAACGGCAGCAGCUGUUCUAUAGAAGACCAGACGAUAACGGCCACCAUUCAGUUACUCAAGUCAGGUUGCCUGCCCGGCGACAACCUCCCCCUUAAAAUAUCUAUCAAGCACACUAAACCGAUCAAAAGCAUGCAUGGUAUCAUUGUUACGCUUUACAGACAAGGAAGAAUCGACUCUGCACCACCUCUGUCCCUCUUUGCUGACAUCAAGGGCAAAGAAGUUGAGAGAUUGAAACAUGAAGAGUACUAUCCAAAGUCAAAAACGGGUCUUGGUGGGCUUUCUCUGUCAUCUGCGGGGUCCAGCAGUAUGUUUCGGAAGGAUCUAGCCCAGACCUUUGCUCCAAUAUUGGUCGAUCCAGUUACUCUGAGUGCGGUAAUCCAUGCCUCAGUCAGAGUCCCUGAGGAUGCCUUUCCGACGAUUUCUGGCGUCCCCGGGCAAAUGAUCAGCUUCAAGUACUAUGUUGAGGUUGUUGUUGACCUCGGCGGAAAACUUGCUAGUCAACAACGCCAUCUUCCUCGAUUGGGUACUGUGUCGCUUGCCUCAAACUAUGGGAACUCCUCUGCUGUCAGAGGUGAUAACAACCCUAAUAUUGUAGCUGCCUAUGGUGGGAGCAUUGUGGAAACGGACCACAUCAGGCGAGAAAAGGGUGUAGUUGCACCUGUUUUCGAGGUCAUUAUUGGUACUGUUGACAGUGCACGCAUUCGGGGCAGGGCCCAGAGCUCGGCCAAGGAGACAAGUGAUUGGAAUGUGGAAUCGUCAGCAAAGCCUGCAACAACACAACGGAUGCCGUGCGAGAAGUCGUUUCCCCCGCACGAACCUGGCCAAAACCCAGCAAGCCAGCCAUACCCAUAUCCUUAUUAUGACCAAUCUUACGAAGACCAGAAUCACGAAUACUAUCCAGACGAAGCAUACGACUACCAAGUGCUUUACCCGGAACAAGGCCCACCUCCAGCACACGACCAUGUCUCAGUUCCACCACCAGAUAUACAAGCUGAGGAGGGACUCGGUGAGAAAGAGCGAAUACGACGUGCUGAAGAAAGGCUACUCCCUAGUCAACCCCCAAUUGACGUCCCAAGCACUUCAUCCUCAAGCGCAGUUGUCCUUCCAUUGAUGCCACCAGCUGAACCAGAAGAUCUGUACGGAGCAGAAGAUGCCACUCCCCCAGCCUUAUCCAAUGGCUUCUACCCACCCCGUCCCGCCAUUUCUGCGGAUACUUCUCUCGCCCCGUCAGCGCCAGCACUGGAGGAUCUCACGCCAACUAAUACUCAAACUCUUGACGACAAGCAAGAGCUUGAGCGGCGGCGAUUGUUAACCGAGGCAAGCGCACCGUCGGGUCCCCCAGCUGAUGAGGAGGACAAUGUCGGCAAUGGCAGCAGUUCGCAACAUUUUGAACCCUCAGCACCAAUACUCCCAGAUGAGGAUUAUGAUGGGCAAUAUUCUCAACACGGGUUUUCGGUCCCAUCACGGCGUGAAAUAUUACCAAAGUACGAACGAUAAUGCGAAAGAGAAGGAUGAACGUAUUUACUGAAUACAUACUGGGCUGUAUAGAGCGGGCGCUCAGCUUUGCAAAUAUGAUACCCCUUGAAGCGCUACUGAUCUAUGCAAAUUGUGACACAAAUGGCGUGAAAGGAUUUAGUACAAACGAUCUUCCCGAAGAGUCCGUAAGUUAAGCAUCUCCAAUCUCAUCUUUGCCCCGAGUCAGCAAACAUAUCACCGCUCGGCCGAUAUCCCCCUGAGUACAAGCUUCUACACAUACGUCGAAACUGGGGCGUUCGCUGUAAAUGAUCUGCAGCUCGGUAACCCUCAAAAGUUUGGGGAGGUGGGAAUCUUCAUUGGAGGUUGACAAAUAUGGGUCCUCACUUGCUCCGAACGAGGAUCUUUCAUGGCGAAAUUCUCGGUAUGCUUUGGAUCGGCAUCACAGGUGUUGGAGAAUGCGUUCUGGCUUUUGCAUAAAUACGACUUAUAAAUAAAAAAACAAACAAAAGGAAGGAGAAAAA